CGAGAGUCGUCCAGGCGUUCCUUCGAGGUGGUACCGCGCGUAUGUAUGUCGGAGCUGAGAUCAGCUGUCGCUUGACAUUGGCUGCGAGAGAGCGUCGCCGGUGCGAUAUCUCGAAUCGGUCCGAUUUAAAAAUUCAAGAUUCGACGACUACUUCGUACGGUCGUACGAAGGAGCGAGGAAGGCCUGCGCCGCGCGUGUCAAGCUCAUUCGCGGAGGAACACGAUAAAAAGCCGAGAAAAACGGCAGGCUCGCCUCUCGUCGCCAAGACUCGUGAAUGCUACCAGCAACGGACGCGAGUCACCUCGGUCGUGCGAGUGACGUUAGUGCCUCUGACGAAGAUGGUGCGUGGUCUGUCGCAGUGGACCAAGACCCUGAGUUUCCCGGUGAGGGUGUCGCCCCAGAGAUCCGCCAAGGAGUCCAAGGGUUUUCACGUAAGCCCCAGUGCUAGUCCCACGUCACCACCCAGCCCGAUCAACGACACCAUGGACAAAUCGCCUAUCAUUACCGAUGAGUUGAUAGUUGUCAAUGUUAAAUUUGUGCUCACAAUGUUGCACGAUUGGAAUACCAUGCUAACAGUUACAGUCGCUAACUACGGUCGCUCUUUAUCGGAUAGGACUCCUUAUAUCGCCGUGCUUAGCGACCGCGGUGGCAGCGAUAAUGGCGAAAGAAAUCCGCUGAACCUCCAGGACUCGGAGGCAGAGAAGACAAUAAUGGGCUCUAUUGUGUACUGCAUACAUUAUAAGGACGGUUGCAAAUGGUCGGACGAAUUGAGGAAGCUGAAGGCACACCUGAAUACGUGUAAACACGAUGCAGUCCCUUGUGGCAACAAAUGCGGGGCGAUGAUACCUCGCGUGCUCAUGGAGGACCACCUGAAAUACACAUGCGCCCAGCGUAGGGCUCGUUGCGACUUCUGUGCCAAAGAGUUCACCGGACAUACCUUAGAAAAACACACGGGAACGUGUGGCUAUGAGCCUUUGUAUUGCGAGAAUAAAUGUGGAAUGAAGGUGCAAAGAAGACAUCUCGGUCAACACAAAUUGGGUGAAUGCGCCAAGAGGCUGGUUGCUUGUCGUUAUUGUAACAAAGAAUUCGUUUUCGAUACGCUUGGUGCUCAUCAUGCAAAGUGUGGACGAUUCCCGGUUGCGUGUCCUCAUCGUUGCGAAACCGCAGUACUGCCUAGAGAAGAUCUCGAAGUGCACUUGAAAGAUCAUUGUACCACGCAUCUACUUUCCUGUACAUUCAAGGACGCUGGCUGCCGUUUCAAGGGAAAUAGGUUUUCGCUGGAUAAACAUUUGGAGGAGUCCACGAAAAUGCAUCUGAGCCUUAUGUGCAGUCUUGUAACGAAGCAACAACAUCAAAUAACCAGUCUCAAAUCGGCGAUCAGUAAGCUAUCAUUAAAUUACACAGGCACGCUCAUAUGGAAGAUCACAGAUUAUGCCUCCAAAAUGUCAGAGGCGAAAGCGAAGGAGGGAAUGGAGCUUAUUAGUCCACCUUUUUAUACUAGUCAAUAUGGAUACAAAUUGCAGGCUUCAAUUUUCUUAAACGGAAAUGGGACCGGAGAAGGAAGUCAUAUUUCGAUAUACAUUAAGAUUCUGCCUGGCGAAUACGAUGCGCUUCUACGAUGGCCGUUCUCGCACAGUGUCUCAUUCACGAUGUUCGAUCAGACUGUAGUCGCGGAGAAGGCCUGCAACAUCGUGGAGAGCUUCAUACCGGAUCCGACUUGGAAGAAUUUCCAGAGGCCGAGUCGCGAGCCCGAUUCGCUCGGCUUCGGUUUCCCGCGAUUCGUUUCUCACGAAAUGGUGAAGAAGCGACAUUUUGUGAAAGACGAUACCAUGUUUAUUCGAGUCAAGGUUGAUCCUAGUAAAAUCGUAGCAGUCUAGAAAUGCGUUUACUUAUUUACGAUGACCCGUAAAGUAUUUUUGGAACGGUGUUUCUCAAGCGGACUUUGUGAUAUUUCCCAAGUACUUGUUUAGAUAGAGCGUACAGUACUUAUCUCGUUUGUCAAACACACGAUAGUUCAAACACCGAAUCGACUGAAAAUAUACUGCAUUGUUCUUUGAUGUCGAAACGGUUCGAAAAGUUCGGAAAAGGUCUUUUUAUCUGUCAACUUUUGUUACUGUCAAAAUACUAUCGAUAGAAUUAUAGAAUUAAUAAUUUAUUGACACUACCAAACACAUUAGGCAUUUACCUGGUGCAACACCAAGCUGCAUUUACUUCUUAGUUUCUUAAUCUUCUGUAUACAUACCUUAGAUAUAUUGGUACGUGAAUUCUUUUAUACUUUGUGACGUUAUAAUUUAAAUAUAUUGUGAAUUUGAUAUUAACAUUACUAAUUUGGCAUGAUAUAUUUCAUUGCCAAUUUCUUCAUUACUCACUGCGCAUAAUUAUACAUUGUAUACAUUUCUAUGAAAGACUCAACAUCAAACGAAAUCAAGAUGUCUCGAGUUUUUUGAGUGAGAAAAAUCUUAUCAUUUUAUGUGACUUAAAAUUCUUGACAAAUCAAAGAUUGCUAAGGGACUGUGGCUUAAAAUUAAGUAUAAAUAUAGAAGUUGAAUGCCAUAUGAUAACAAACAUGAUAUCGAUCGGAGCAAAUUCAUUAAUGUAAAUAUGCACUUACUAUGUACUAUGAUGAUAAUGAAAAAAUGUGAUAGAAAUAUACUAGUGAAUGUACGUAACGAUUUUAAAAUAGGCCGAAUAAAAUUGUAACAUAUUUGCACUCAAAUACAUUGUUUUCUAUAUCCUAUACUUGUACUAUAUAGCUUAAUGCAAUUAAAUU